AUGGCUGCCCGGUCGUUGCCCAAGCCCUGGCAGCACUACCUUCAAGACCACCGGCUCUCCACCUUCAAGCACUGGCCCUUCCGGGAGGGCUGCGCCUGCACCCCCGAGCGGAUGGCCGCGGCCGGCUUCGUCUACUGCCCCACGGAGAACGAGCCCGACUUGGUCGAGUGUUUCUUCUGCUUCAAGGAGCUGGAAGGCUGGGAGCCCGGCGACGACCCCACCGAGGAGCAUCGGAAGCACUCGCCCGGUUGUGCUUUCCUGUCUCUCACGAAGCGGGUGGAAGAGCUGUCCGUCGGCGAAUUUUUGGAACUGGACAAAGACAGAGCCAAGAACAGAAUCAUGAAGGAAGUCCACCGACAGCAGGAAGGACUGAAGGAAGCUGCUAAGAAGGUCCGCAGCGCCAUUGAGCGGCAGCUGGCCGACCCGGAGUGA